AUGUGCAAUUAUUUAUUUGGUGUUGAGAAAUCCACAAUGGACACGGACCAUGCGAGCCUAACUGAUCCUAGGGACCGGGAUUUGGCCGCGCGCAUGCGUCGAUGCAACUAUGAGAAGUACAAAUCCUUGGUGCGCAUGCACCUCUCCUUUGAAUUGGAACUUAACACGGAUGAGUUUGAUCUCCCCUGCCACGAGAUUGUUUACGAGGAAAAGGGCAAACUGAAAAAGUGGAAUCGUCUGUCCAAGAAACAUCGCCUGGGGCAUGGAGGAGGAGCUGCCACCGCUUGUGCUCAAGGCUCAGGCAGUAAAUCUGUGGGCAAUAGUCCCACAGAAACGCUACAGCAGCAAAUUGAUCCAGGCUUCCUGAUGCAUCUGCAGGAGCUCAAGGAGUUCCUCAUGCUGGAAAAGAAUCUCACACAGGAGGGCCUGUUUCGCAAAACAGCCGUGACCCGACAAAAUGAACUACGAUUGCACAUUCAGCACGACAAGCCACUUGACCUUCAGCUGGCUGGCUUUUCCGCCCACGACUGCGCUACCGUUUUUAAGAGUUUCCUGGCUGAGCUGCCAGAACCUUUGCUUACCGAUGCCCACUAUCCAGCUCAUCUACAGAUUGCACCUCUCUGCCAGGCCCUUAGUGGGCAGGUGGCGGCCACUGGCGAGCGUCAGCAGCACCUGCUUAACUCAGUACAACUGCUGUUACUGCUCCUGCCUGAAGAACAUCGCGAUCUCCUGCGGCACAUAAUCGAAAUGCUGCAUGCGGUGGCGCAGCACGAGAAAAGCAACAAGAUGAGCGCCGAGAACUUGGCCACCUUGUUCACGCCGCACUUGAUAUGCCCCCGGCAGUUGCCGCCAGAGGUCCUGCACUACCAGGCCAAGAAAAUGUCUAGCAUAGUGUCGUACAUGAUUGUCCGCGGCGUGGACAUCUUUGAAGUGCCCGGGAAGCUGUCUACCGACAUCCGGGCGUACUUUCUUGAACGCAAACGCAAGAAAACCAUGUCGCCGGAACAAACGCUCGAUGAGUCCAUCUCGGACGUCUCGACGGUCAACACGGUGUACACUUUUGUAGAUCGCGCCGCGACCGCAGCGGCCACCAACACAAAUAACACGGACACGGAACUGGCGCAACUAUACGCGCACAUCCAGAGCAUGCCGGAGUCGUCCAAGAAGAGGAGAUUAAUCAAGCAAUUUAACAAACAGAACGGACAGGGCACACCCUUGCAGUUGGUGGUAAUGAAUCGUCUGAAGAACAAUGAGGCAACACGAAGUGCCAAGUCUCUGGGCGAUUCAAUAAAGAAGCACAUUUUUCACAAGAGCCUCAUGUCGCGCACUCCGAAGAGGGUGCCGCCCCCAAGUUUCCACCUAGCCGGUGUUACCGAGACGCCCAACCUGUCGCAUGUGAAGCAACCUAAGCUGAGGGUACUCUUUCAGAGCCCCACGCCACCCACACCCUCAUCAUCUACCAUUACCAGCGUCACGCUUGCCACUAACCCCAGGCAUCCGCUUCAAAAAUCUAUCUCAUCCGCCUCCCUCAAGAUCGAGUCGUCGUCCUCGGACAGCAGCUCCACCUGUGCGCCCGGCAGCAGCAUCUCGGCUCCAGUGAGUCGCCAGCAGUCGAAAGAGCUGCCGCACGGAGCGGUCGGAGGAGCUACUGUUCCCGGUCAGGAUGCGGACGAAAUCGAUGCUGAUUGCUGUGUGACGCCACUGAAAAUCAUGUCAGCAGCUGCCAGGCAGCUAAUGGACAAAAAGAGCGUGGUCUGGGACGAGCACCGUCUGCUAGAGGUCGAAGAGUACUCGAAUCCUUCCACGCCGGUGCAGCAAUCCGCGCGCUAUAAAUCAGAGCCUAAUCUCUCGAGUAUACUGCCACAGGUGCAUGGCGGCGGGGAUCACGAGGACGACGACGGACCACUCACUCCCAUUGUCGAGGGAGCCAGUACAGCGGCUGCAACCAGCAGCCACGUUGGCCGAUCGAUUACGCGGAAACUAAUGAAGGGCGUCAGCAUGGGCAAUCUCAGAUUCCCAUUCAGCACGCCGGAGACAACGAAGCGUUUGGUCCGAAGUGUUUCUGCCACCCUACGAAGGCGUCCUAGUGGCGAGGAGGCUAAGCACGCGCCACUGCUUGAGGAUGUGGAUGACAGCGAUGAGGAGGAAGCGGCACACCAAGCAGAUGAGGAUGACGAUGAUACGCUGUCGGAGAACAAUUCGAAUGAACUGCCUGCUUUGAACCUGGGGUAUCAGCAGAUCCUGCAGAGCAGCGUAUACCGGAACAUGGAUCUCAUAACGAGCACACCAGCUCUCCACAUGGGACGGCGUUCUAUGUCGCCUAUUACAAAAUCGACUCAACGCAUGCCCAAGGCGAUGCAGGAAUCUAUAAUGACGCCGCGCUCGAGGAAGCCCGUGAUGCUGCUUACAGCCUUGGCUGGCAAUGGCGAGAAGCAGCUUAACUUGAGCCUUUCCGAGCAGGAGGAACAGGACUCGAUUGUUAGUACGCCCACCAAGCAACGAGAUCCGCCCUCGCUGCACAGCGAGGAUGCCACAUCCCUGGGCGGUUAUGCGGAGAUUUUGAGGCACCAGCAUAGCUUUGCCCUUCUUAACUCACGCCAGCGGACGACCAGCAGCAGCAACAGCAACGAAGAAUCCAAGCCCUUAAAUGCCCUAUCCAGUGAUUUUAAAGAAUACUUGCUCACACGAAGCGUGCUGACAGCCAGCCCGGCGGACUUGUCGUUUGCCAGUCGCUCAGAUGACUUUGAUGGAGCCAGCACCACACAGGACAUCGAUGACUUAGACGAAUCUGAUCUGAGUCCCAGCCUGCUGUACUGCCUUGACGGAAACGAGCCCACGUUGGCAUCGCCAUUUACCAACAGCAACGGGCGAAAACGGUCGGCAGGCGAACCCUUGAAGUCUGUCCUUAUUCCAAAUGACGACGAUGAUGAGUCGGACAACAAGGAGAACAUGAAGAACCUCCAAGAGCAUCAUUCGCGCACCAAAAAGCUGCUAAUUACUUCUCCCGCGGAGUAUCCGGGCGAAACGGCCCUCUAGCUUUAAGUCAAGCUAAUCGCACUCCUAAGAUAUAUGCAUAAAAUAACGUUAAAACCGUUGUACGGUUUUAAAAAAUCAUCUCUCAUCAAAAUGUUUAAGAAAAAGAUUGCUUCCGUUAAACAAGGAAAAAAAAAUCACAUAUUUUCGGUAUGAUACGUUCUCUCGUUUUAACUUGGCCGCGUCCUAAAAUUUUAGCCUAAGACCUAACAUUACAAAUGCAUGCUUCAAAAAAACUAUAAAACAACAUAUAUAAUUAUAUA